UAGAUAAAUAUACAUGUGUCAAACACUACACUUGAAUAUAAAAUUAUUAAAAUAAAUGUCUUAAAAACAAACAAAAUUAUAAUAAAUUUCUCUACGGAACGCAAAAAAAAGUAGAAGCCAACAUAAAAAAGGAUAACUCAACAGCCUCAUCAUGUCUGAACUAUCCAAAAUGGGCAUCUACUUCGAUGAAGUGAACACAUUAAGAGUCCUAGAACCCCAAAUAGCAAAUCAAACCAACGACCUUAGUGAUGAAUGCCAGAUCUACGUUGAAAAAAUAUCUUCUUUCUACAACAUAGCAAAUGACUUCGUGAGCACCAUAGAGACUUUAGCAGAAGCCGUCGAAAAAGAAAAAAUGAAAGCAAUUGGGGCCAGAAAUCUUUUGCAAUCAAUGUCAAAACAAAGGGAAAAUGAACAACAGCAGUUGCAAAGUCAGAUUCUUGAAAAAGCUAUGGAGCUGGAUAGAUUGAAAGUUGAAUACCAUGCCUGGCAAGGAGUAGAACUAGAAAGACAGGAAACUUUGGAUCAUCUGCUGCAAAAUAAAUAAAGAGGGUAAAGGACUUAUUAGAUGUGUAUAUAAAAUUAUUAUGUUUCUUUGUAAAUGUAUGUAAAAUUAAAUUUAAA